AUGAGUUUCUCAAAGUAAGAAUCAAUCAUUUAGUCAUCAUUAACAAAAUCACAUAUGCGUUACUUGUCUCCUUAACUUGGAGAACGCAAUGGAGGGUCUGUAAUUCAACGAGAAACAAUAGUGAAUCCAUAGCUAAGAGAAUCCUAAUUUUUAUUAUCAUCUACUCCAAGAGAGACUGUCAUACCUUUAGAUGUUCAAUAUACUGUCACUAAGAAGGUAGAUUAAUAAAACUUUUCUGAUUAUGAAGUCAGGAUUCAAUCUCUUUUGCAUGAAGUAGAAUUAUGGAGAAAACGAUAUUUAGAUUUGAUGGCCAUUUAUGACAAAAAUAUAGCAAAUGAAGAAGUGGUAUAAAUAUAUUAUUAAUAUGAUUAGAUAAAAUUAUAAGAGGUCAAGAUUCAAUUAUUAUAUGGAGAGAACAAUGAUUUGUAUGCAUAAAAUAGAUUACUCAUGAAAGAGAACGAUGAAUUGAAAUAGAGAUUAAAUACAUAUGAAUUACAUAAUUCAAUUGAAGAAACAAAGAAUAAUUAUGGUAUGAUUGGUUUCUAUUAUUUUAGAGAAUUUAUAAGUAUAAUUGAAGAGUAGAUUAGGAGAAUUAGAUGAAUGGAGAGAUAAAUAUAAUAAAUUAGAAAAUUAGUUUAGUACAUAUUAAGGAAUUGAAAUAAAGAAUAUGUAAGUAGAAGGAUAAUUGAAAGGACUUGAGGGUUAGGCUAAUUAAUGGUAAGAUAGAUAUUGGGAAAUGGUGGAUGAGAGAAAUAAAUUAUAAAAUUAAAUAUUUGAACUUAAUGAAAGAUUAAAUGCUGUUUAAAUUGAAGCAGCUUAAAGAAACAAUGCUACUGAAAUUAAAUUAAGAGAUGCCGAAAUUUUGAAAUUAAAAAAUUUAAUUUAACAUUUAUAAGGUUAGGUUGAUGAAUGGAGAAAAAAGACUUUAUAAAUGGAAACUGAAGUUGAAUUAAAAUAAUAAGAUUUAGAAGCUUAAAAGAUGAAGGUAGUUAAAUUAUAAGAAUAAUAAAAUAAUUUAAGUAUGACUAUUUAAUAGAGAAGUAAAUUAAUUAAUGAAUAAAAUCUUGAAAUAACUAAUUUAUAAAAUAAAUUAUUGGAAAUAAAUGUUUUAAAUUAAGAAAUAGGCAAUCUCAAUGAAAUGUUAUAAGUAUAAUAGACAGCAAUGACAGAAUUAAGGAAAGAAAUCUCUAGAUUAGAAAAUAAUUGUGGAGAAUUAAGACAUGAAAAAUUAUUAAAGAUUGAAUUUGAAAGUGAAAAUAAAAGAUUAAUUGUUGCUGUUGAAGAACUUAAAUAAAUAGCUAAUGAUAGAAAAAAUUAAUUAGAUUCAUUAAAAAUAAAAUAUGGUAAUUUAGAAAUUGAAAAGAAUUAAAUUUAAUAGAGAUUAGAAGAAACUAAAUAUUUAACAACUUAAAUUAAAUAAUUAAAUAAUGAAAAUUAAACAUUAAUUAGAAGAGUUAAAUAUUUAGAAGAUUAAAUAGAAGCUAAUAAAAAUGAAAUUUAAGAUUUAUAAGCUAGAAUUUAAUAAUUAAAAUUAUUUGAAAUUGAAAAUAAGAAAUUAAAUGAACUUAUUAUUUUGAAAGAUAAUGAAAUAUAAAAUCUUAGAAGAAAAUUAACUUAAUUUGAAUUAUAACCAAAAAGUAAAGAUACAAGUGAAUUAGAAGCUAGAAUUAAAUCAUUGUUAAAUGUUAUUGAAUAAUUAAAAGCAGAAUUUGCUUAAUUAUAAGAAUAAUAUGAUAAAUAAAAUAAAUAAAACAUGUUAUUAUCUUAAUAAAUGGUUUCUAUUGAAAUUACAUAAGAAACUCGUAUUGAAGAUAAAACUGAAAUUAAUUAAUGGACAUUAAAAUCUAAUUAAUUAUCAUCUGAAUUGGAUCUAUUAUCUAAAUUAAACUAAGAAUUAUAAACUAAUUGUGAUUUCUUAAAUGAUUAAAUGAGAUUAUUAUAAAAAUAAUUGAUUGCUAGAAGAUAAGAAGUUGAAGAUUGGAGAAGAUAAGCUGGUAAUUAUUAUGUUGAUGCUACUGAAGCUAAGAAAUAAUUAAAAGAAAUAGAAGCAUAAUAAGCUUUAUUAAAUACUGAAAAUAGUAAAUUAAUUAAUGAAAUCAAAUAACUUAAAAAUUAAUUAAUAGAUGAAUAAAAUAAUUCAUAAAAAAUUUCAUUAUAAUCUGUUGAAUAAAAUUUGAAAUCAUAAGGAGAAAUCAAUUAAAUGAUGCAAGACUUAUAAUAUUUAAAGAUUCAAUUAUAAAUAAAGACUGAAGAUUGUGAAAAUUAGAGAAGAAAAUACUUAUAAUCAGAAUAAUUAAAUCAUGAUCUAAAAGGAAUUGAAGAGAAAUAUACAUAUGCAAAUGCAUAACUCACUUAAAGUAAAUUAGAUAAUGAAAGACUCAAUUAAUUAUUAAGGGAACAAUCCUAAAGUUAACCUUAAAGUCAAAAUAAUAAUGAAUCUAAUGAAGUACUUUAAUAAUAAUUGUAAUCAUUAUAAAGCAGAUAUGAUAAAUUAUAAUAAGAAUAUUUAAAUACAGCAACAUAAAUUCCAUUAUUAAAAUAAGAACUAGCAGAUAAAGAUUUGACACCUUUACAAAAAAGAAUUGAUGAAUUAUUAAAAGAAAACUAAAAAUUAACUUUAGCAUUCUAAAAUAAAGUAAGAGAAUGUGAAGAAUUAAGAAGUAGAUGCAAUACCUAAGAAUCUAGAAUUACAGAUUUAAGAUUUUUGGAAAAGAGUUUACCUGAAUUAUAAGGAUAAAAUCGUUAAUUAUAAUAAUAAAUUGAAGAUUAACUUAAUGAAAUGACAUUAUUAAAUUCGGAUAUUGAUAAAUUAAAUUAAAAAAUUGCAAAAUAUCAAUUGUAAUUAAAGAAUUAUUAAAUUUUGUAAAAUGAAUAUGCAUCAUUAAAGAGCAUUAGUAAUGUAAAAGAUUAAGAUAUUGCUAAAUUAAAGACAUCAAAUUAUUUAAUUGGAACUGAUUUAGAGAAUACAUAAAAGAUUAAAUAAGAAUAUGUUGAUAAAUAUGAAAAGGCAGCAUCAGAGAAAGAAGAAAUUAAAGCAACUUUGACUUAAUUAUAAAUGGAAGUUGAUAGAUUAAAUAAUCGUCUAGGUAAAGCAGAAGUAAAAGCCCUUGAAGCAGAAAGAUUAGGUUAGAAAGUAAUGAUUGUUGAAGGUUAAUUAGGAUAAUCUUAAGAGGAAAACUUUGCAUUAUAAACUAAAAACUAAUAAUUAACAAGUUAAGUAAAAGCUCUUUUGACUUAGAAUGAAAAUUAAGAAUUUAAAAUUAAUCAAUUAAUACCAUUUAGAAAUUAAUGGGAAGAUUUAUAAAAUAUUGUUUAAAAAGAGUAAUUUUAUUAUUUAUUAUUUUUAGUUAAAAUUCUUUAGCUAAUAUUUAAGUUUAAUUAGCUUAAGCAACUGAGACAGCUAAUUAAUAUUUAAAAGAUUUGUAACAUGCUUAAGAAUAAUUAAAGAGUUAAGAAUAAUAGAUUUAAGAAAGAUCUAAAAUUAUUGUAGAAUUAGAAUAAGCUAAUGAAUAACAUAUUUCAUAAUUGAAUCAAUUCCAAAAAAGAAAUAAUGAAAUUUAAGAAGAGAAUUUCUAAUUAAAAGUUACCAAUCAAAAUGCUAUUUUAAGAUUAAAGAAAUUAGAAGCUAUUGAAACAGAUUAUGCUAAAAUUAUAGAGGAUUCUUAAUAAUUAUAAGAUUAAUGUAAUGAUUUGAAAGAUAAAUUAAAAAUUAAAGAAGCUGAAGCUGCUUAAUUUUAAUAUUGGAAAGAAAGUUUAGAAUCAAGAGUAGCAUUGUUAGCCUCUGAAAUUGAAAGAUAAAAACAUAUGGUAAAGACUAAGAAUGAUGAAAUUGAUAAUUUGAAGGAAGCUAAUUAACGUUUAGAAUCAUUAGUUACUUAAUUAUCAGCUUUUGAAGGAGAUGCUAGAAGAUCUGAAGAAUAAAUUAUUUAAAUGAAAGGAUAAAUUGAUACUAUUAAAUAAAAUUUGGUUAUUAAAUAAAAGGAAUGUGAAGAUCUUAAAUAAAUUAAGGAAAAUGUUGAAUAAAAAAAUACUACUUUAUUAUAGGAUAUUGAUUCUUUGAAAUCAAAUCAAUUAUCUUUAAGUGUUAAAUCUGAGGAUCUUAUUUAAGAAAUUUAAAGAUUACAAAAUGAAUGUAAUUAAAUGAAAUAAUUUAAUGGAAUCAAAAAUGAAUUGGAAAGCAAGAUUUAAGCUUUAAAUAAAUAAUAGGAUGAAUUAUUAUAAUAAUUAUAGAGUAAGAAUAGAGAAUUAUUGGAUUUGAAAUAAAAGUAAUUAUAUAAUAUUAAUUUAGAUUAAAUGAUUAUGAUUCAUAAAAUUAAAUUAUUAAAUAAUUAUAAGUAGAAGAAUAGAAAUUAUAAUUAUAAAUAGUUACUUAAAAUAAAGAAAAAGAGGAAUGGCAUGCUAAAAUGGAUUUAUUAUAAAGAUAAAUUGAAAAAUUAGAAAAAUCUAAAAAUGAUCUUGAAAAUAAAUGUGCAUUAUUAGCAGGAUAAUUAGAAGUUUAAAUUCAAAAAUAUUCAAAAUCUUAAGGUGAAAAUAGUAGAAUGAAUGAUUAAAUUAUCAUGCUUACAGAUGAUAACGAUAGAUUAACAUAAUCACUUUAGAAUGCAUUAAUUGAAUGUGAUGAUUUAAGAAAGAAAGCAUAACCAUUAUAAACAUCCUUUAUUCAAAAUUCAACCAUAAUCAAAUCAUCUUCAGUAGUUCAUAGUUGAGUC